AUGAGAAUCUGGGCGGAAGAAUGGCGAAAAAUGGACAUCGUCCAACAGGCGGCCGUCGAUGACGAAUUGGAUAAGGCCAUUACAAUUAUAUCAGGAGACCAUACCGGCGAAGAUUUGGUCGCGGAUGGCGUAUCGCCGAUUUUGUACAUCCGAGCGCUGGGGGAAUUAGCUGAGAAAAAAUACAAAGAAUCGCCGCAAGAAUACGACGAGUGGUACAGCCUUCAAAGCGAAAGAUUCGAGAGUUUUGUUGAAGCUUACCGGAAGAAACUUGAUCUCCCCCCCAUGUAUCCUAAAAUUGAAAUGUUUGCCGAUGUCAAGGUUCACGAAGGUAUAGCAACAUGA